GCGGCCCUUUCAGCUUUCAACAUCUAGCUGGGCCCUUUGGGCAGCAUAGAUAGCUCGGCCCAGCUGCGAUCACUGCAACAUGGAGUACCUCAUGCAGACCUUUCCGGAACGCCGCUUUGAUGUGACGAACUGGAUUGAAGCAUGGCUUGGGCUGCCCUGCUGUCUCAUUACAAGGAAGUCUCUUGAGCUUCAGAGUGAAGAAGUAGUUCUCCGAACUCAAAACUGCUGCUGCAACGUGACCCAACGGCGACCGUAUGCUCAACUCACUCUUCUGGAGGAACGGACCAUGUUCUGGGGAAUCUGUGCUGGAAUCAACUCGGACUUGGCACCCAUGAACGACAAGGGCGAAGGUGGCAUCGUUCCAGGAUGUGGUUGCUCACAGGAGCUUGUACAUGAGAUCGUGCGUGAGUUGAACCUCCGGAAGGAUGGCAGAGGAAAGGUGGCCCAGAUGAGGCAGCAGCGAUUUAUGUUGGAAAAGCUGAGCAAGUUGGCUGUUCAGGUACCGCUGCUGCUGACGCACUUUGGAGUGGCCUAUCCUCCAGAUGAGGCGACCGUGCGGCGGAUCUUCGGAGCCAGGGCACCUCCCAUGAGACCCUUGGCAGAGGUUGGAUGCAUGGAACGCAUGCCCGAGUUCCAGCCCAGCGCAUACGACGUGACCUGCUGCUUGCAAAGCAUUUGCUGCACUUCGAGACACUUGGAGCUCGCCCAAGAUGAAGCAGUCCUUACCACAAAACAGACCAUCACAGGAACUGUCGUGACCAGCCGCGUUCCUUAUGCAAACAUUGAAUCUGUUAAUCCCAAGAACAUCUGCGGAUGCCUGGCUUUUCUGGAGGCUGGGGAGCUCACUAGACCACCAGGGCAGGUGGAAGGGCAACCCUUGCAGCCUGGAUUUGGGUGCGAUGCAGGGCUGGUGGAACGCAUCCGUGCAGACCUGCAGGCGCGCGUAGAUGUCAGAGGGAACACGGGGCAAAUCAAGCAGCUGGAAAAAAUGAUGGUAAAAUUUGGUGACUUUGCGGCUGAACUUCCUCUGGUCCUGGACAAAGUCGGGGCUGAUGCUUCCUACCCUCCUUCCCAGCAAACGAUGAAUGCUGUGUAUGGGGCACAGGGACCCGAGAUCAGCCCACCCUCCGAGAUGCCACAUGAGAUGCCAAGCCAGAACUUCCCCACACGAACCUUCAAUGUGCGCAACGAGUUCCAGAACUUGGGUGGCCUCAUUGGAACCUGUGGCAUCGCAGGCUGCUUGAAGCAUGAAAUGGUCCUAGAGCCCGAACAGGUGGUCACCACCUUCCAAACCAAUUGCGGAACCUCUAUUGACCGAAAACCCUAUGCCCAGCUACGUGCGGUGGAUGAGGAGAUCUUUUGCUGCUGUUGCCAUAUGGUGAAUUUGCUUUCCCCCGGAUGGUUUGGGGACUCCGAAAAGCUCAAUGAAAUCGCGGGAGAGCUCCAGGCUAGGAAGGUGGGCCGUGGCAACAUCGCGCAGCUCAGAAACCAGGAGAAUACCAUGGUUAAGGCCUUGGAGUCAGACAUUCGGAUGGACAUCUUGCUGAAAAAGAAAGACAUUUCGUACCCACCUUCUCAGCAGACGUUGCAGGCGAUCUAUGGGGAAAAUCCACCUCACUUACCUCCUGUGUCUUCGGAACGAGGACAAGCUUUGCAUUUGAGUGCGUCUGAGCAGAUGGAACGAAGGGUCUUUGAUAUCACCAACAUCUUCGAGAAAAUAUGCUGCUGCCUGCAGACCACCAGCUUAGAGCUUAAUGACGAAGAAGCGAUCUUCAGAAAGAGCAGCUGUUGCCUCAAAGCUGUCCGCCGUGAACCUUAUGCGCAAUUGGGUUCCGUGGAACCUGCCCGGGCGUUCUUUGGCUUGUGUGUGAACGUUCAAACGGAUCAGAACUUUGUGUGUCCCGGCUGCGGCUGUGACCACCGUUUGACUGAGGAAAUCUCCGCUGAGCUGCAGAAUCGCAAAGUGAAGCGUGGAAACAUUGCGCAGAUCCGACAGCAGGAAAACCUCCUGAUGGAAAUCAUAAAGCUGGGAGUCAAAGUCGACACCUUCUUCCAUGGGGCCAAUGUGCCGUACCCGCCCUCGCAAGAGACGAUGCGCUCCACCUUCGGACCAGGUGUGCCGCUUCCAGGGCAAGCUCCAACUGUGGCUGGACCCUCCGUCCAGGUCACGGUUCCAGUUGGUGUGCGCGCUGGCGAUUCCCUGGAGGUGUCUGGUCCUACUGGCAGGUUUAUGGUGACGGUUCCACAGGGCCUGUCUGAGGGUCAUACAUUUCAGGCCCAAAUUCCGUCUCCUGCCACCGCACCAAAUGACUCGGACAUGAUUCCGUUCAUGACCGCUUCCUAAGAUCUGAGAGCCCAAGGGUUGCUCAGACGGCUUUCACCUCUUGAACGCCGUUGAAACGCAAGUGCUGGAGUUCACAGCCAGCGCUCGCUUAAGAUGCGGCUUCUGUGGUUUGCCACAGAGGGUGUAGCAAAUCAAAUUGUUUACUGUACAAACACUCUGGACUCUUGAAAAGUGC